AUGGCAGAACUCCCUUCUGAUUUAAUAAUGAUGGGAGGAAAAUUAUCAGACCUUAUCGACUUUGUCUAUCCAAACUUCACCGAAAAUUCAGGAAAUAAAGAUUAUUUCACAGAUAGAGCUAUUUUAACACUAACAAAUAAUAAUGUUGAUAAGAUCUCUGACAUAAUGAUAAAUUGGUCUCCUGGCGAAGUUAAAGUGUACCCCAGUGCUGACUCUGUAAAUUUAACUGAUGACAGUAAUGCAGAACAAUCUCAGUUAUACCCUCCUGAAUUUUUAAGAUCUUUAAAUAUUUUUGGUAUUCCUUCUGAGGGUCUCUGCAAUGGAACUUGCUUAAUUUGUCACGAACUUUAUAACAAAGUAAUAGAUGCAGAAAUCAUUACAGGAUCACAUAUUAAUAAACGAGUUUUCAUACCUCGAAUAACAUUAACACCUUCUGAUACCAAAUUACCAUUUACUUUAAAAUGA